AUGAUGAUUAACAUCAGUAAUGGUGCUAGCUAAUAUAAAACACGCCCCCAAGACGCUCAAAACGUCUUCUUACCUGUUCUAUAACAUACAUAGCAGUAUUUCCAGGCUUGUUUGAACAACGUGCUUGUUUGAUGUGAUUUUAAGAUUUACGGAUAUGGAAAAAGAGAAAAUACCGGAUAAUGAAGUGAUUGACGAAGACAAAACAAUAAAGCAGGAAAAAACAAAUUCACGCCGUCUUCUUAGAACACCUAAAUGUGCUCGAUGUAGGAAUCAUGGGGUUGUCUCUUGUUUGAAAGGUCACAAGAGGUCAUGUAGAUGGCGAGACUGCACGUGCCCAAAUUGUCUUUUGGUCGUAGAACGACAGAGAGUUAUGGCGGCCCAGGUUGCACUGAGAAGGCACCAAGCGUCUGAGAACGCCGAGUUAAUGAAGGAGAAAGUGGAAUUGGCGGCAAACAUACUCAGUAACCGGAAGUCUAUCCAACGUAGCGUUCGACAAUUAAAGCACGGCACGGGACAGCACGCUGCUGGGGUCUCAAGCAAGCAUAUACAGAGGGCAAAUUUGAAAAACGACAUGUUGAGUGACAGAUUGCGUAAACGGCGUUGUUUUGCAGACGAAGAACUAGAUCGCACUAUUCCGAUUGCUUCCAGAGGAUUUGAACGAGCGUCCUCUACUGGUAAAUCUUUGCUAGACUUCCAUACUGCUUCAGCCUGCAUGAGCCGUGCUGUCCCUGUAACCGAACGUGUCCUCAAUACAGCUCUACAUCAUACUAUAAAUCUCAGCCAAAUUAUACCUCGUGUUACAUCAAGCUUGUGUGCUCCGGUUCAGUUACAAAGACAAAGACAGUGUACCCCUUCAACAGGAGAUGACAUGCGGGAUAUAUAUUUUAACAAUAAAUUCCACGCGCUUCAACAUACCGGAACAAAUGAGAAUAUGUUUCAAACACCACUUUUACUGAUUCCGGGUCAAACAACGUGGACGGCGUUAAGUAAGAGUUCACAAAGUUUAAAACCAGUUAAGACUUAUGCUACCUAUACUCAAAGCAAGGACUCAGGUUCUUCAUCAGAGAAAAAAAUCUGUAUAUCGAAACAACAUGAGAUCAAACAGAAAAGUAAAAUAAAUGUGGACACUACUACCUCAAACCUUAAGUUUUCAAUUUCAUCAAUCUUAGGUCUAAAAGAAUGAUGUAACAGAAUAACCUAUUCAUAUAUUUUUACUGAAAUCGUUUAAUAUAAGUAUCAGAAAACAACAUGAUUUUAUUCUGGUAGUUUGUGUAUUAGAUAACUUGUUAAUACAAUUA